UGGACACAAUGUUUUCCUUGGCUCUGUUUAUCUGGAUGGCACUACUCCUUUUACAAGGCUCGAGCUGUCAGAUUGUUCUGACUCAAAGUCCAUCAGCCCAGUCUGUGAGUUUAGGACAAAGAGUAUCCAUCAACUGUAAGGCGUCUAGCUCUAUUAGCGAUGAUGUGCACUGGUACCUUCAGAAACCUGGCCAGGCUCCACAGCUCCUAAUAUGGGAGGGUAGAAACCGGCAGUCAGGGAUUCCAGAAAGGUUCAGUGGCCAGUACUCUGGGACCAGCUUCACCCUGUCAAUCAGUUCCUUCCAGCCUGAAGAUGCAGGACAUUAUUACUCAUUUGUUGCAUCACAAUACUCACUUUCAGAAUCUACAGCUACAAUGACUCCUUUCAAUGUCCUCCUUAUUGUACUUGUAUUCUGCAUUCAUGACUCAAGAUGUCAGAUUUCUGUAACUCAACCAUCAGCACCAAAGUCAGUUUCCAUUGGAGCGAGCGUCACCUUCAGCUGUAGCACUGGGAGUGAUGUGAGUAACUACUUGAACUGGUAUCAGCAGAGGCCUGGAGAAAAACCUAAACUCCUCAUCUACUAUACAAGCAAUCGCUACGGUGACACCCCGAGUCGAUUCACUGGCAGUGGGUCAGGAACUUCAUACAGUUUGACUAUCAGUGGAGUCCAGUCUGAAGACACAGGUCACUACUACUGUCAGCAGGGCUACAGCUCUCCUUUCACACAAUGA